GGAGCUUAAUGCUUGGAGCAGCCGCGCGCCUCCUCUGUCUCCGGUCCGCACGUACGGUAAAGAACAUGGCUGCACUGGAACUCUUCCUCCUCGCUCUCGCGGUCUCUCACGGGACCAGCGCUGACAUCAUCCUGACUCAAAGUCCCACAGUGGAGUCGGUCACGGUCGGAGGGAGUGUCACUCUCAACUGCAGGUCCAGCAGCUCUGAUUUUACCAGUAGCUUAGCCUGGUAUCUGCAGAAACCCGGAGAAAGGCCUAAACUCCUGAUCUACUCCGCGAAUAGCAGAGCAACAGGGACACCAACCCGAUUCACCGGUAGCAGGUCUGGAACCAACUUCAUGCUGAAAAUCAGUGGGGUCCUGGCUGAAGAUGCAGGAGAUUACUACUGUCAGCAAUACUAUGAGAUUCCAUACACUUUUGGUGGCGGUACUAGACUGGAUGUUGGAAGUAACACCCGCCCAGCCCUUAAUGUCCUGUCCCCCUCGAACGCGGAGCUGACCAGCAAGGGGACGGCGACUCUGAUUUGCAUAGCCAACAGGGGCUUCCCUUCAGACUGGACGCUGAGCUGGAAGGUGGACGGGCAGGGCAAGACCUCCGCCCCCGGCAGAGGAGUCAUGGAGAAGGACGGUCUGUACAGCUGGAGCAGCACUUUGACCCUCACUGCUGACGAGUGGGCCAAGGCGGCGUCGCUCACCUGCGAGGCCUCCCAGGGGUCUCAAUCUCCGGUCACUCAGACGCUUCGGAAAGCCGACUGCACCGAGUAGACCAAGUGCCAAGCGGCCGAUCGCUGAUUUUUUCACUGCUCUACAGCAUAUGCAGCUUCUCUCCAUAAUAACGAUCGAUCACAAUGGCUUUGCUCGUCGUAUGCAGGUUAUCGUUGCAACCACUAAUGUGCACAGCUUUAGUUCACUGUUAGAUAUGUAUGUGUUGAUUGAUGGCUUAUAAUUAUAAACAAUAAACAAAUAUGUGAAUCAUA